GCGUGGAGUGCGGUCGUUGGAAGUGUGGGUGUCCGCGAGCGCACUUCUGUUCCUGCGUGCGGUUGUCCCGGGUCUCCGAGGUGCAGCGAGCCUUAGGAGAGUGGCGGCGAACUGGGAGGACGCUGGGAAGCCUCGCGCCGGUUUGUGCUACAGACCCUACACAGACCCAGAGGACGUUUAUCAGACAGGUCAAGAGGCUGCACCCUUACCUGUGUCUGAGACUGCCCACAACUUCCAUCCUGGUGACCUUAUGUGGGUGAAGAGGAUGCUUACCCAAAGCCAGAGGCCAACAUAGAAAGGCCCAUAUCCUGUGAUCCUUAUCACUUCUACAUCAGUGAAGGUUGCCACUGUCACCCUGUGUAUCCAUCACACCCAACUGGAGGAGACUACAGAAGAUAACAGAGAUGAGUUGUCACCAGGAUCCUUUAACUUUCAAGGACGUGGCCAUAGACUUUUCCCAGGAGGAGUGGGAAUGCCUGAACUCUGCUCAGAGGACUUUGUACUGGGUUGUCAUGUUGGAGAAUUACAGCAACCUGGUCUCUAUGGGCCUUCCUAUAUCAAAACCAGAACGAGUCAUCUGUCUUGAACCAAACAAAGAAUCCUCAAUUACAGGCAUAGAGGAGGCAAAAGGCAUAGAAUCAGCCCUGUGGUGCUUUCAUAACAAGGAGCUGUUCAAAACAGAGAACAAACAAGAAUUUGUCAAGAGAGAAGGAUCAGGACAAUUUGAAAGUAAUAACCUCAGAAAGUUACAUGUAAGGAAAUUCUGGGAAUGUACAGGUGACAAUGAAGAGCAUGAAUUAUAUGUUGAUGGCUAUGAUCUUUAUGCAACACUCACUGCUGACAUUCCUAACAGAGGAGAUCGAGAAACUUCACCUUCUCCUGACAUGGCUCACCCUGGGUCACUUUCACAUUCACAGUGGGAGCCUCUUCUAGGAAAAUGUUCACAUCAGUUUUUGAAACAUUACCUUACUCUACAGAGAAAUGUGAAUACACUGGGAAGUGACAUAUGUGGUUAUAGAUCAGAAUGUUUGAGAUAUUUUUUAUAUAGUAUGGGAAUAAGCACUACUUCAACACUUUGUGAGGAAAAGAGAGUUAAUAAUACAGAAAAACACAUACAGUGUUUUCAGUGUGAAAAAUGUUUGACUCCAAAUUCUUUACAACUUCCUGAGCAAUUAAAUCUACUUUGUGACAAGUUCUGCCAUUUAGAUCAACAUAAGAAUGCGUCUAUCAAUCCAGCGAGGCUUGAAUGCCAGUUUACAGGUAAUGACUCAUGGGCCAAGUAUAAUCAUCAUGUAACUCUUAAUGAUGGUCAAAUAAGUAAUUGUUUCCUGGAGAAUUGUUACAAAAAUGGUAGAUGUAUGGAUGUCUCUUGUCAGUGCACACUAUCCCCUUUCCACCAGCAGGACCAAAGCCAAGAGAAUUUAUCCAAAAAUAAGCAGCAGGAUGAAAUUUUAAAGGGGUCAUCAAAUUGCCCUUGUACUGAAACUAGGAUUACAGGAGAAUUUUACAGACACGAAUGUGAUAAGUACAGUAAAGUCUCAGUUGAAUCAUCUAACAUAGAGAAGGAUAAUAUAAAUGAUAGUAGAAGAAAACCAUGCCUGUUUAUUGAAAGUAAUAAUUCCUUCAAUUUCCAUUUAAAUGUCCAAAAUGAGUCAAUCCAUACUAGAGAAAAACCUCAGAAAUAUGAAGUAUACAGACCAGAGUUUACCCCUCCUUCAAAUUUUACAGGGCCUUCAAGAUUCUUUGUUGGUCAAAAAUAUAAGAAAUCUGGGAAAUGCUCCAGAUCUUCAGGCCUCAGGAUUAAGAUGCUUCCUAGUGGAGAAAAAGCAUGCAAAUUUACAGAAUGUGGAAAGUCCUUUUCCCAGUUCUCAGGCCUUAAAAAGCAUUAUACAAACCAUACUGAGGAGAAACGUUACAAAUGUAAAGUAUGUGAAAGGACUUUUUGCACAGGAUCAUAUCUACAAAUUCAUCAUAGAAUCCAUACUGGAGAAAAACCAUACAGAUGUAAAGAAUGUGGCAAGUCCUUUACUCAUGCUUCUUCUCUUCAAGUUCAUUACAGAGUGCAUACUGGAGAAAAACCUUACAAAUGUACAGAUUGUGGAAGGUCCUUUACCCUGCGCACACAUCUUCAGAACCACCACAGAGUCCAUACUGGAGAGAAACCUUACAAAUGUAAAGAAUGUGGAAAGUUAUUUGCCAAAGGAUCAAAUCUUCAAGAUCACCAGAGAAUUCAUACUGGAGAGAAACCUUACAAAUGUACAGAUUGUGGCAAGUCCUUUACCCUGCGCACACAUCUUCAGAACCACCACAGAGUCCAUACUGGAGAGAAACCUUACAAAUGUAAAGAAUGUGGGAAGUCCUUCGCCAAAGGAUCAAACCUUCGAGCUCAUCACAGAAUACAUACUGGAGAGAAACCUUACAAUUGUACAGAUUGUGGCAAAUCCUUUACAAACAGCUCAAGUCUGCGAAAACAUCACAGAACCCAUACUGGAGAGAAAUCUUACAAAUGUAAAGAGUGUGGCAAGUCCUUUGCUUGGGGUGCCUAUCUUAAAACUCACUAUGAAAUACAUGGUAGAAAGAAACCUUAUAAAUGUAAUGAAUGUGGCAAGUGUUUUGCUGAGGGCUCAGCUCUUGAAACCCACCACAGACUCCAUACUGGAGAGAAACCUUUCAUAUGUACAGAUUGUGGUAAGUCCUAUUCCUUUAGCUCAUCUCUUCGAAGACAUCGCAAGACCCAUACAGGAGAGAAAUCUUAUAAAUGUAAAGACUGUGGCAAGUCCUUUUCUCAGGACUCACAACUUCAGACUCACCAAAGAAUACAUAGGAGACUGAAACCUUACAAAUGUGAAGAAUGUAUAAAGUCUUUUACCAAAAGAUCGUAUCUUCAAGCUCAUUGCAGAAUCCAUACUGGAGAGAAACCAUUCAAAUGUAAAGAAUGUGGCAAAUCCUUUACCAGGGACUCAACUCUUCAAGUUCAUCAUAGAAUCCACACUGGAGAGAAACCUUACAAAUGUACAGAUUGUGGCAAGACCUUUACCCAGCACUCACAUCUCCAAAGCCACUACAGAAUCCAUACAGGAGAAAAACCUUACAAAUGCAAAGACUAUGACAAGUCUUUUGCUGUGGGCUCAACUCUUCAAAAACAUCAAAAAAUCCAUUCAUGAGGAAAUCUUUAUAAAUGUUCAAAUUCCAUUACCUGGUUUUCAAACCCUUUUAUUUAUUUAUUUUACUUUUUUGGUUUUUGAGACAGAGUUUGAAGCCUGUCAUGGAACUAGCUCUUAUAGAUCAGACUGGCCUUGAACUCAUAGAGAUCCUCUGCCUCCUGAGUGCUGAGAUUAAAGGUGUGUGCCACAACUGCCUGACUCUGGUUUUCAAAUCUUAAGUAUCACCAUGGAAUCCAUAGUGGACACAAACCUUAGAGAUGUAAAGAGUGUUUGAAAUCCAUUACCACAACUCUAAAUUUAGAACACAUAAGAUUUAGGUAAGAGACAGAUUCAAGUGUAAUGCUAACCCACUGUUCACCCAAGAAAAAUGAUCUUUAACAUGAGUAGAAUAGAUGGAAACUUCUAACUAAUGUUCAAACCUUAACAUCAGAGAGUAACACCAGGAAAUUCUACACUUGUAUAAAUUUGAAAGCAUUUUAUCCAGAAAUAAACCUUAUAUUCAUUCUUGUAUUUUGAAUGUAAAUGACUCUGACAGGCACAUAGGGAGUGACAGUAUUAAGUGUUGUGGCCUUGUGGGAAGAAGUGUAUCACUGUUUCAAAUGCUCCAGGUUGGCUCAGUGUCACUCUUCCUGCUGCCUGCCGAUAUGAAUGUAGAACUCAGCUACCUCUCUACCAUAGUACUGCCCAUGUUUCCUGUCAUGAUGAUAAUGAACAAUACCCCUGGAAAUGUAAGCCAUCCCCAAUUAAAUGUUUUCCUUUAUAAGAGUUACUGUGCUCACUGUGUCUCUUCACAGCAAUAAAAAUUCCACCUAAGUCAUCCACUAAGCAAUUACUUUGAAAAUAGGCGGUAUAUGUUCUAAUGUUCAUAUAGAAGUAAGUCUGAAAUCAAUUGUUAAUGGUAUAGAACUUAUAAUUUAAGGCAUAAAAACUUGUACCAGAAUAAGAUUUCUGGUAACUAUCUAAAAUCAAACUUGCAUUUUUUUGUAUAUUUGAG